CACUCAGGAAGCGAGGUUCCUGUUCCACUUUCGCCUGUCCCGACAUCCGCGCUGUGCAGACGCCGAAUGGAGCUGUCCGACGAGGAUGAACAGCGCAACCCAAGGCACAGCACCACCCUCGCUCACAUUUCAAAUUCCUCAAACGUUCAGAUUGGACGAGGGAAUGUCUUGAACGCGAUCUGCUACCACACAGGACCUUUGAUAAACAUAAUCUCGCCCGACCCACCGGUCACUUUGCGGAGCAAUGAUUCCAGCGCAAGACGGAAGGCAAGCCAAGGCGAAGGAAGCAACGCGACUCCGUCACACGUGGACGGAAUCGAAGUCGCCACGGAGGAGGAGGAGCGACCGAGCUCAUCGGGAGAAGACGCCAGUGCACUGUGGUUAUUGAGGAGCCUUUUGAACAUUUUAAAUGGCCAGGAAGGUCCAGAUCCUCCCCAGUUCAUGAGUCUCGAUGCACUCGGAAAUCUCUUUCAGGCGGAGAGACGCGCAACCCGGCCCGCUUUUACAUUCAGGGACGUAGGCUGCAAGAAGCUUAUCGCCUUCAUCGCUAAAAACCCGUCGCAUUUCAUUCUUGACGAGAGCAAAAGCAAGGUGAAGGCUUUGACCGUCGGUCAACCGUUUUCAGACCGCGGUCGUGUCGCACCAAGGGAACGGGAAAAUGCAGCGCCUCUGGGAAAUGUGGAACCACCGACGCAGACGCGAAAAACUACCGCUGGUGCGGGCAACGUGGGAAGCGCACGAACCACGCUCGAUGCAUCACCACUUGUGAGUGAAGCAAGUUGUAGCCUAACACCACAGGAGGUGAAGGCCCAGAAUAUGGGAGCGAUGAGCUACGCCUCUUGCGUGAAGACAGAAAAUCCUCGCAAAGCAAAGUUGGGCAAGAAAUCGCACACAAUUGAAAUUCAAAAAGGAAACGUACAAAGGCCCAUUGCUACCAAUCAGAGGGCAGGAACUUCUAACUCUGAACUCGUACGAGAUGAUGACAUCAAUGCAGGAGCUGUAGAAGCACUGAUAAUACCCCACAAAACUACGGUUGAUUCAAGCAACGUGGAAGGUGCACGAACCACGCUCAUAGCAUCACCACCUGUGAGUGAAGCCAGUUGUAGCCUAACACCGCAGGAGGUGAAGGGUCAGAAUAUGGGCGCUAUGAGCUAUGCCUCUAAAGUGAAGACAGAAAAUCCUCGCAAAGCAAAGUCAGGUAAUGCAGGGCAAUCACACUCAAUUUAUUCUAAAAACGGGAACAUACAAAGGCCCAUUGUAACCAAUCAGAGGGUAGGAAUUUCUAACUCUGAAUUCAUACAAGACGAGAAAAUCGAUGCAGGAGCUGUAGAAGCACCGAUAAAACCCAAAAAAACUACGGUUGAUUCAAGCAAUGUGGAAAGCGCACAAACCAUGGUCGUGGGAUCACCACCCGUGAGUGACGCAAGUUGUAGCCUAACACCGCAGGAGGUGAAUGCUCAGAAAACUCCUGCGAUGAGCUACGCCUCUCGCGUGAAGACAGAAAAGCCUCACAAUCCAAAGUUUGGCAAAGCUCAAAAAUCGCACUCAAUUCAAAUUCAAAAAGGAAGCAUACAAAGGUCAAUUGCUACCAAUCAGAGGGUAGGAACUCCUAACUCUGAAAUUGUUCGAGACAAUACAAUCAUUGCAGGAGGUAUAGAAGCACCGAUAAUACCCCACAGAAAUACCGUUGAUGCAGGCAAUGUGGAAAGCGUACAAACGCAAACCACGCUCAUAGGAUCACGAACCGCAAGUGAAGCAAAUUGUAGUCAAACACCGCAGGAGGUGAAGGCUCAGAAUACUCCUGUGAUGAGCUACGCCUCUUGCGUGAAGACAGAAAAUCUUCGCAAUCCAAAGUCGCGUAACGCAGGGCAAUCGCACACCAUUGAUACUCAAAACCGAAACAUACAAAGGCCCAUUGUAACCAAUCAGAGGGUAGGAACUUCUAACUCUGAACUCGUACAAGACGAGAAAAUGGAUGCAGGAGCUGUAGAAGCACCAAUAAAAACCAACAAAACUACGGUUGAUUCAAGCAACGUGGAAAGUGCACGAACCACGCUCGUGGCAUCACUACCCGUGAGUGACGCAAGUUGUAGCCAAACACCACAGGAGGAGAAGGCUCAGAAUACUCCUGCGAUGAGCAACGCCUCUCACAUGAAGACAGAAAAUCCUCGCAAAGUAAAGUCGCAUAACGCAGGGCAAUCGCAGACAAUUGAUAUUCAAAACAAUAAAAACGUGUACGUGAACAUCAACUCAAUUUAUCCCCCAGCACCCUCUGACUCGGAGAAUGCAUUUCUAAACUACUUGCUAACACAGUCGAGGACAAAUUCCAUCAAGUAUAGAGAAGAAUAUUACGCAAGGGAUGAAAGUGAGGACUUUAUGAAGGAUGUAGUCAGCUUUUGGAACACUCCGUGUCUGGGAGACGGAUAUAUAAUUCUGGGAGUUAGAGAAAAGCCAAAAGGUUCCAAUUGGAUCAAGGGGCUAAAUGAAACAUUGCCUGAGAGCUACUACCAGGAACUCUUUGAUGACGACUGCUUUACCGUCCGCCCUCUAUACACUUACGAAGAAAAGACGUUUGAAGGAAAGAGGAUCGGGAUAAUUAGAGUAACGAGCAGCGAGGGUGAAAACGGGCCAGCAGUUGCCAAGGAGGAAGCGACGGGGGCACGAGGGCAUCACGUGUUCAUGAGAGUCAACUGUGACGCAGUGGUCGCCACGAAGUCGCGACUCCAGGAUGUUCAGGAGUGGUUUGCGUCACCAAAGACGCCUCCCCAGAAGAGCUCUGGUGACCACGGCGAGUCGCUGCUGCAGAGCGUAGACAAUUUCGAGACGGAGCGGUUUUACUGCCUGCUCGUUGGCAAACUCGAUAUGGACAUUUCGGACAUGGCUAACUUGACGGCCUUGAGCAGAAUCCCGUGGAUCAAGGUGUUUGACUUUGAUCCGUGCAGCGACAGCAGCGGGGUGUUCUCCUACUGCGAACAAGAGCUGAAGUCCAGCACGAGUUUGUACAUCAGCACCGUGAACGACACUCCGAGGGAGCUGUGCAAAGGGGCGACCGAUUGGUUUUUUGUUCGAGGGAAGGGAGAGGGCAACGUGAAAGAGCUUCGACAGUGGAAGAGGGACGUCCACGGCGUCUUAAAUUCACACUGCGAGAAGAUAGCGGAGCUGUGUUCGGGACACAAACCACUCACCGCAUUGGUCUUGUGGUGCGGCGAUAGGAGUUUGUUCAAGUACUUUGAGAAGGUCUUGGAAAGCCUUGACCUGAAUCUUCAUAGGGACUUGAAAAUUGCAUUUUGCCUGGGUUCAGAUAUUGACGUGGGCCAAUUUAUUCAGACUUAUGGGGAAUCGCUAGAUGUAAGCACCUCAAACGUCCACAGCAUUUCGAUUCCCAAGGUGUGCUCUUUAAUUUGGGAAACGGAUAUAUCCACGCCGCAAAAGAAAUACCACAUUCUGCCGAAGAGUGGCGAAGAGAGCGUCGAGAAGUUAACGGUGGAGAUGAAAGACGUGAUCUGGCUGAGGGAAGAUUUCGAUGUCCUCUACUGGAAUUACGACUACAAGCCCCAGCACUUUGACGAGUCCAAGCUGGGCAGUGAAUUCGUGCACGGGCACACGAUUUCCUGGCACGAGAUCAGCCUCGGCUACGACAUCGACAGGGGACAGGUGAAAAAAGAGAUUGUGAAUCGCAUCCAAAGCUUAAUUCAAAUCCGGAGGUCUUGCAAGAUCACGCUUCACCACGAACCUGGCGCCGGCGGAACCACACUCGGGCGCGGGAUUUUGUGGCGUCUACACGAGAGUAACAAUUCGAUAUGCGUGUAUUUGCAUCAUCUGUCCAAGGACACGGACGUACGCAUCUCUUGGCUACACAAUCAUACGCGCCUUCCAAUCGUGCUUUUAUUCGACAGCAACAGUGACGACGCCACGACGGACAUGCUCCUGAAGACCUGCAUGCGCAACACGACCAUCAUAUUGCUGAAAGUGCGGAGGUUCGUCGGAAGGAUCGAGAGCUGCGGGCGCGGCGAUAAGUUCUACCUCAAGGGCGCCGUGACGGAGAAUGAGGCACGAUGCUUGACGAGGCUCUUUGGGGAAUUCUACCCGGAGAAAGCCGGCAACCUUCAACAGUUGGUGAAGGACGUGGAAGAGGGGAAAAUGCACGAAAUAUACAUGUUUGGACUCACCUGCUUGGAUUACAAUUACCGCGGCCUUCAGUCGUACGUCGCCGGCUAUUUGGCCCUCGAAAGCAAGGAUCUGGAGCCGUGGCAAAAAAUCAUCGCUUAUUUGGCACUGGUCCACUACUACGGGCACUGCGGUCUGCACGGAUAUUUCUUUUCGACGAUCCUGGGCAAUGGCAACGGGAGUUCCGUGAGGUUUUCCGACCUCCCGUACAAGGCAAAGCGCCUCAUAAUAAGCGAGGAGGGCACGAACGUGUGGAGGAUCAACAUGCACGCUGUGGCCAAGGAAAUCCUGGAGCAGGUGUUGUGCCCAGAGGGGCACCCGAGAGACACGGGCAUGAAACUGAGCCUGGAGGCCAGAAAAAACCUCCAGAAGUUGGCUCGUGACUUCAUCCUCGAUAUCAGCAAAAAGUCAAGAAAUGGGAAACUGUCCAGAGAAUUGAACUCUGUUUUGGUCGCAACGUUUAUCUUUCGGCAAAACCGGGAGAAUUUUAGCAUUAAAAAAGACGCCCUGUCGAUGCUGUUAUCGGAUAUUCCAUCGCGGUACCCUUACACUGAACGAUUAGAAGUGCUUCAAAAGCUCGCAGAAAAAUUCCCCAGGAAUCCCAGUUUUCUUGCUCAACUUGGCAGGUUUUAUGCACUGGAACGCGAAGAAUAUGCCACUGCUCAUGAUUGCAUUUCUAAAGCGAUUGCCUUCAGAGAGGAAGAAAUUGAGAGAUACCAGAGCUCACCUGCGGGCUCCACCAUUGACGUAUGCUCGGCCAAAAUGCAACAAGCAGACAACACACUGGUACGAUUUUACCACAUGAAAGGCGUUGUCUAUCAGCGUGAACUGUCGAACCUCAUUGGGCAGUUUCAUAGUCCAACUGCGCAUGCUCAAAAGAUACCUUUUGAUAUGGUACAUGACUUGGCAGAGGCUGCCUGCAGUGCGUUUAAAACGUGCAGAAGCUAUUACAAGUCCGGAUACGCCGAGGAGUGCGGCUAUCUGCAGGAAAUCCAGGUGCGCCUCAGUGUCCUGGAAUUCAAUCGCGAAAAAGUGAAUGGGGGAAUUGUGAACGCUCUGAGAACGGGAAGUCGGAACGAAAUCGUGGAGACGAACUUGGCUGUGGUGGAUUCUCUGAUCCUGGAGUGCUACAGUUUGGUCGACGACCUGAGCCCGGCCUUCUCCAAGGCGGUGGACUGGUGCAAAGUGAUUUUCAAGGACGUAGGCGCUGCCCUGAAGAUGUGGCACGGCUACAGUAUAUUCGGAAGGAGGAGCAAGAUUGCGGCUUACAGGGUGAAGCACGAUUGCUCGAUGCGCACGUCCUGGCUUGACAUUUCGACGAAAGAAGACGUUCUGGAUAUAAUCUCCUUGUACGAGAAGAAUUUCAGUGAUGUGUAUGAAAGGGGAGCGGAUUACAGCCUUGAGACAGACAUGAAAGAGUGGCUUCAGGUUAUAAGGCACUCCUUGGUGGAAGAUCCGUACACAGUCGAGCAUGUUCUGGAUUCUAUUCGACCCUGGAAUGAUUCUGCAAAGAGCCCAUACUCCCAGUUCUACAACUUCGUGCUUACAGCGCUCCUUGCCCUUGGGAAUGACAACUCAAGUGGGAGCCGUAAGUGCUUUGUCGAAACUAACCACUUGCUCCCCGAGCUGAUAAAGGCGAGAAAGUUUGUCAACAGACCCCGGCAGUGCAGGGAGUGGCUCGGAAAAAACAACGGCAACAGAAUCACCCAGCUCAUUCACUUCACUACGCUGGGCGAAUGGGACCCUGUGAAAAGGUUUUGGAAGAAUCCUGAAUCAAAGGACAAGCUUGAGAUCAAGCGAGGCACGAUUCAAAAGUGCAACAACGAGCUGGCCGGAGAGAUCGAAAUCGACGCCGGCAUCCCCGGGUCGCCAGGCUUCACUGCUUUCUAUGUGCCCAAGACGGAGAACAUGUACGGGCGCCGUUUCAUGAACACCAGGGUGGAAUUCUACGUCGGGUUCAGCUUUGAGCACGGGAUCGAAGCGUACCACGUGACGGAGCUCGGGAAAAGGCGCUGCGAGAAAUGCAAUCGCCAGAUCGAAGUUUCCCAGAAUUCCGAGCAAGAGGCGUGUAGUGCCUGUGGUCACAGAUGCCGUGGCAAACAUUGAACAGAUGCACACUUGGGGGUCGUUUUUCAUUUGACGUGACACAACAUCGAUUGGUGAAAAACACACAGAGCAAAUUACGAGGCCAUUUUAAUACAAACGCAGGUCACCACUGGCCGUUGCACGACAGCCUCGUUCAACGUGAUACUCUUAUCUCGUCUUAUAUUUACAUAGCGCCUUUAUAUCCAAGGUGCUGUACAACGGUUAUAAGUGGUAAAAUGAGGUUAGCUGAAGGUGAUGUGGUGGCAUGAGAGAGUAGGAAGAGGGGAAAGAGGGUGGGGUGGUGGGGAUUGGUAUGGGUGGCGGGGUUUAGUGGGAACGGGAAUGACGUGGGGCACCUAGGGAUGGAGGGAAGGUUAUGAGCCAGGGAGAAGAGGUGAGUGGGGUCUUGAGGGAGGAGCAGUAACGAGACAGGGAGGGUUGCCCGUCGCUUCACGUGGAAGGGGAAGUUUGUAUGCCGUGGAAGGAAGCCAUUAGGGGAAAAGGAGCGGAUAUGGUGGAUUGUGCACAAGGAGAGAGAGAGAGAGGCGGGGAAUGGCGAAGAGUGGUGGGAGAGGUUGAGAGCGGAGCGGGCGGGAGGGGGCUUAGUUUGAGACGAGAGAAGCGAGGUAACGGUGGGGCAAAGGCCAUUGAGAGAUUUGUACGGCAGCAUAAGGCGCUUGAACAGACACCGGGUGUUGGAUGGGGAGCCGGAGGUGUGGGAGCAGUGCAGUAGGCUGCAGGUGAAGCGUGCAGACGCAUUUUGGAUCUGUUGUAGAGGAAUGAAUGCAUCGGGGCUGGGAGACCGAAUAGGAGAGAGUCGCAGUAGUCUAGCCGAGGGAAGAGUGGGUGAGUGUACAAAUCUGGCUGUCGCCUGAUGAAGCUGGUUGUGAUUACUGGAGAAACGUACUCAGAUUGAAAAUGUUGUGGCUUGGCUCUCCAACACACUGGUGUGCUGUACUAAUAUACUACACUAUACACCACUACUAUACACUACACUACUUAAGAUUACACUACUAUACACGACAC